AUGGCCGAAUCUUUUUUUUCUGACUUUGGCUUGUUGUGGUACCUGGAGGAACUCAGAAAGGAAGAGUUCUGGAAAUUUAAGGAGCUUCUCAUGCAAGAACCUCUGAAACAUGAACUCAAGCCAAUUCCCCGAACUGAGCUAAAGAAGGCUUCAAGAGAAGAUCUAGCAAAGUUGUUGGACAAGUACUACCCAGAAAAACAGGCAUGGGAGGUGACACUAAGCAUUUUUCUACAGAUCAAUCGGAGAGACCUCUGGAAGAAGGCUCAGGAAGAGAUUAGACAUAAGAUAAACCCAUACAAAAAGUGCAUGAAGGACAAGUUCCGUCUUAUAUGGGAAAAGGAAACUUGUCUUCAAGUCCCUGACUCUUUCUACAGAGAAACCGUAAAGAAGGAAUAUGAAGAACUGAACAAUGCAUAUACUUCUGAGGAGAUAAGUGAGGGCUCGCCCACAGUGGUUCUGAAAGGUUCUGAAGGAAUUGGGAAAACUACCCUUUUGAGAAAAGCAAUGUUGGAAUGGGCAGAAGGAAACUUCUGGAAGGGCAGAUUCACAUUUGCUUUUUUCCUUAAUGUCCGUGAAAUGAACUGUAUUACAGAGACAAGCUUAGUGGAGCUAAUCUCUAGGGACUGGCCUGCAUCUUCAGAGCCAAUUAAAGACAUCUUUUCCCAGCCACAGGACAUCCUGUUCAUCAUGGAUGGCUUUGAGGAGUUGAAAUAUGACUUGACGCUUGAGAAUAACAAGUGCAAUGACUGGACACAGCAGCAGCCAACAGAGAUUAUCCUGAGCAGUUUGCUGCAGAAAAAAAUGCUCCCUGAGUCUUCUCUGCUUAUUGCAUUAGGACCUAUAGGUAUGCAAAAAAUUUAUUUCUUGUUGCAGCACCCAAAAUACAUAGUUGUCUCAGGAUUCUCUGAGCAUGAAAGGAAGCUCUAUUGCUCCCACUUUUUCCGUGAGAAGAAUAAAGCCAUGAAAGCCUUCAGUUUUGUGAGAGACGAUGAAUCCCUGUUUGCCGUGUGCCAAAAUCCCCUUAUAUGCUGGUUGAUCUGUUGUUGUAUGAAAUGGCAGCUGGAGAGGGGAGAAGAUCUUGAGAUUUUUUGCCAGAGCACCACCUCUUUGUAUGCAUCCUUUUUUAUAAAUGUAGUGAAAGCAGGAGGUGAGAACAGAGCCCGACUAAAAGGCCUGUGUUCUUUGGCAGCAGAGGGAAUAUGGACUCAGACAUAUCUGUUUUACCAUGGAGAUUUCAGGAGGAAUGGAUUAUCUGAAUCCGAUGUCUUGAGGUGGUUGGGCAUGAAUCUUCUUCGAAGGAACGGUGACUGUAUUACCUUCAUCCAUAGCCACGUUCAAGAGUUUUGUGCAGCCAUGUUUUAUUUGCUAAAACAACCCAAAGACAACUCUAACCCAGUCAUUGGCAGCAUUACCCAGCUUGUUGCAAUAGGUCUUAGCAAAAUUGAAGCCUGCUUGUCCCAGACGGGGCUAUUUUUGUUUGGGCUUUCAGCAGAAAAAAUAACCAAAAUGCUGGAGACAUCCACUGGUUUCCAACUGUCACAAGAGAUAAAGCAGGAAAUAAUUCAAUGCCUAAAAACUUUAAGUCAGUGUGGAUCCAAUGAGACAGAGCUGGAUUUCCAGGAAUUGUUCAAUGGUAUAUAUGAAAGUCGGGAAAAAGAAUUUACAGCAAAAGUAAUGGAUUUCUUUGAAGAAGUUACCAUUCAUAUUGGCAACACAGAGGAACUGGUAAUAUCUUCAUACUGCCUAGAACAUUGCCGGAAUUUGCAGAGACUUGUACUGGGUAUAGAAAAUAUCUUUUUAGAUGACUCUGAAUCCAACUCAAGGAACUGGAAGCUCAUCUUUUGGCAGGACCUUUGCUCAGUGUUCAGCACCAACAAGAAACUGCAGGUGUUAGAAUUGGACAACUGUAGCUUCAGUGAUGAUUCUCUUGCGGUUCUUUGUAAAGCAAUGGCACAGCCCACUUGUAAACUCCAAAGGCUCUUGUUUCAUUGUGUGUCUGACAUUGGAGAUGGUCCAUACUUCUUCAAGGCUAUUCUUCAUAACCCCCAUCUGAAAUACCUGAACCUGUAUGACACUAGCCUCUCUUACACUGCAGUCAGGCAGUUAUGUGAGACGCUAAUGCACCCAAUGUGCAACAUCGAGCAGCUAAUGUUGGGAAAAUGUAACAUCACAGAUGAAGAUUGUGAAGAUAUUGCCUCUGUCCUCAUCUGCAAUAAUAAGCUGAAACAUCUCUCAUUGGUAGAAAAUUUCCUGGAUGAUGAAGGAGCAAUAAUGCUGUGUGAUGCCCUGAAGCAUCCCAACUGUGCCCUGGAGACACUGGUGUUAAAUUACUGUUGUCUCUCCUCUGUCUCCUGUGACUACAUCUCCCAAGUUCUUUUGUGUAGCCAGUCCCUGACCCUUCUCGAUCUGGGGUCAAAUACCCUGAAAGACAAUGGAGUGAAUUCUUUAUGUGAAGGCUUGAAGAACCCAAACUGUCACAUAGAGGAGUUAUGGCUGGCGAAUUGUCUCCUCACUCCUGACUGCUGUAAGGACAUUUCCUCUGUUCUUAUUAGCAACAAAACACUAAAGACCCUGAAACUUGGAAACAAUGGAAUUCUAGAUGUUGGUGUCAAGCACUUAUGUGUAGCUUUGAAUCAUCCUAACUGUAAAUUACAGAAUCUUGGGCUGGAUAUGUGUGGGCUUACCACUGCCUGCUGUGAGGACCUCGCCUCUGCUCUCACUGCCUGCAAAACCCUGAGGAGUCUGAACCUGGACUGGAACACCUUUGACCACGAUGGGGUGGUGGUGCUGUGUGAGGCACUGAGCCACCUGGACUGUGCCCUGCAGACUCUUGGGCUAAAUAAAUGUGUGUUUGAUGAGGAAACUCAGUUGCUUCUGACAGCUGUGGAAGAGAAAAAUCCCCAUCUGGCCAUCACACAUCAACCUUGGGCUGAUGAGGAGUCCGAGAUCAGUGGUGUGUUCUUCUGA